UUUUUAUUUGUUGUGAUGUUGUGCUGUUCGAAUAAUUGUUUUGCACAUGUUGUGUGGUGUUGACUUUAUUGUGAAUUCAAUACAUUUAUUGUAUACAUACAUAUGUAUAUUUCAAAUAGCAUAGUAAUAAAAUGUGUAUGUUAAAACUCUUUAUAGUUUGAUUAUGCACAUAGCUGCUGUUUCUAAAAGCUUUUCGAAUAAUUGUUUAAACUUAAGUACUUAAUCUAUUGAGUAAACAUGACAGUACUGUCAAAAUAUGUUGACCGUGUUGCGGAAAAAUUUGAACAGGCUGGACUUUCCAAGCAGGCGUUCAGUUACGCUAUUGUGGGCUCUGCUUUGUUAGCGCUCGGCAUAAAAGCUAGUUUACCUCUAAUAAGAAGAAGCAAACAAAAUAGCUGCAUUGCGGACUAUAAAAUAGAGAAAGGUUCUCCGACACCAAAGGAUAUUGAUGGAUCUAAUGAUGAUUUGAAACUGGCAGAAGCCGAAAAACUAUUGGUGGAAAAGCAAUUAAAGCAGAAACAGAUGAUUGAGCCGGGUCUAAACAAGGAGUUUUUAGAUCAGUUGCGCAAACUCGUCAGCAUAAUGAUUCCACAAAAAUUCUGCUAUGAAACUGGACUACUUACUAUACACACCAUCUGUCUAUUCUCCCGUACUUUCCUUAGCAUCUAUGUUGCUGCUUUAGAAGGCGCUAUUGUAAAGUUUAUCGUUCGUAAAGAUGUAAAGCAAUUUGCGAUUGUUCUUCUUAAAUGGUUUGGCAUUGCUAUUCCAGCAACAUUUAUUAAUUCUAUGAUCCGUUUUCUAGAAUGUAAACUAUCAUUGGCCUUUCGGACUCGGCUGGUUCGGCAUUCCUAUCGGCUGUAUUUUAAAAAUCAGAACUACUAUAGAGUUUCGAAUCUGGAUGGACGAAUAGAAAAUGCAGAUCACAGACUAACAGAGGACAUAUCAGUUUUUGCCAGCUCUGUAGCUCAUUUGUAUAGUAGCUUGACUAAGCCUUGCUUCGACCUAAUGUUAAUUGGUUUGGCAUUAAUGCGCUCAUCAAGCAAAAUGAACGCUAGCAUUUUAUCAGGUCCCGCUUUAUCAGUAACAGUUAUAGCACUCACAGCUCACAUAUUACGUAUUGUAUCACCAAAAUUUGGACAGCUCGUUUCGGAGGAAGCUAAUCGUUAUGGCUAUUUACGACAUAUUCAUUCACGCAUUAUUACAAACGCGGAGGAAAUAGCUUUUUACGGUGGACACAAGGUUGAACUACUCCAGCUGCGCCAGGCUUAUAACCGCUUGGUGAAUCAGAUGAAUAACAUAUUUAGCCAAAAGCUUUGGUUUAUAAUGCUCGAGCAAUUCUUUAUGAAAUAUGUUUGGUCCGGAACAGGUAUGGUAAUGGUUUCUCUUCCGAUACUUACCGGUGCGUCGUCAAACAUAUCAACUGCAAAUUAUGCUAAUGAUUCUAAUAUUAGCGAGCGCACUCAGUACUUGACAACGGCCCGAAACUUACUUAUCUCGGCUGCAGAUGCAAUUGAGCGUUUAAUGUCAUCAUAUAAGGAGAUAGUAGCACUUGCUGGUUACACUUAUCGUGUGGCCGGCAUGCUGGAUGUGUUUGAAGAAACCGCUCAGGGUAAUUACAGCAAGGCUACUGUGGUAGAAAACAAUGAAAUGAACGGGAUCAUUGAAUUCCGUGAUGGCAAACCGAUAGCUAUGGGUCGCAUUAUAUACACAGAUGAUCCCGGCAAUAUGUCCAUAACAUUGCGGUCUGUCCCUGUAGUUACACCCAAUUGUGAUGUUGUAGUGCCAAGUCUAACACUUUACAUCGAGCCCGGCAUUCAUUUGCUAAUAACCGGUCCAAAUGGCUGCGGAAAGUCUAGUUUGUUCCGAAUUUUGAGUGGACUUUGGCCAAUCUAUGCCGGCGAGCUACAUAUACCGCGUCCAGUUGAUGAUAGACCUUGUAUGUUUUACAUACCACAACGUCCAUAUAUGUCAAUUGGCAGUCUCUGUGAUCAGAUCAUAUAUCCCGAUUCACGAGACGAUAUGAAGCGAAAGGGGAUUACUGAAAAUGAACUCAGAUCCAUUCUGAAAAUGGUCAGUUUGGAGCACAUAGCACAACGGGAUAGCUUCGAUUUAGUGCGCGAUUGGAAAGAUAUCCUAUCAGGUGGUGAAAAACAGCGGAUGGCUGUUGCUCGGCUUUUCUAUCACAAACCCCGGUAUGCACUCUUAGACGAAUGUACCAGUGCUGUAUCAAUUGACGUGGAGAGCUCGAUCUAUGAAAUUGCAAAAAGCAUGAACAUUACACUAUUGACUAUUACUCAUAGACCAACCCUCUGGAAAUUUCACACACAUAUUUUAGAGUUCGACGGUCAAGGUAGUUGGAAGUUUAGAAAGAUGGAUGCCAAUGAACAACAAAAAGAUGUCCUUACUUCACAAUUUCCUAAUAAUAUUAAGUAAAUUGAAUUUAAAAUG